AUUCGCUGAAGAAGCAGUCCACGCACGCACUUAAAAUGUCACGUCGAAUGCUCUGUCAACUCCUCCAUAUAUAUUGUCUGGCCACAAAUUGCUAGGCGGCCGGCCGGCUAUAGUGCGUCAACGGCGAUCAGAGCAUUUUAGUUUCUUCUUUACCCAACUUUGAGUUUGUCAUCAUCAUCAAGCUCCAGUAACAAAGCACAUCCGUGUGUUUGAUCAUGGCGCCGCCGCCGUCUCAGAGCUGCCGCCGCCGCUUGCAGCUAAUGGCGGCCUUCGUCUUCGUCUCCGGCCUGCUGCUCAUUCAGCCGGCCGGCGCCGCCGAGUACGUGGUUGGCGACGGCAGCACGCCCAACGGCUGGGACACCGGCACCAACUACGCCUCCUGGGCGCAGACCCACUCCUUCGCCGCCGGCGACGUCCUAGUGUUCGAGUAUGUGAAGAGCCAGCACAACGUGUACGAGGUGACAGAGGCGGCGUACCGCUCCUGCGACGUCUCCGGCGCCGGCGACGUGCUCGCCACCUAUGGCACGGGGUACGACAAGGUCCGGCUAGCCGAGGCCAGGGCAUACUGGUUCAUCUGCCAGAUCCCCGGACACUGCAUGGGAGGCAUGAAGCUCGCCGUCAACGUCUCCGCCGGACCUCCCGGCGGCGGCGUACCGGCGUCGCCCAGCUUGCCAUCGGCGCCAUCGUCUUCGGCGCCGGGAGGGUGCCGGAGUUUGGUGGCGUGGGGCGCGUUGGUGGUGCUAAUUGCUUCUUUUGGUCAAUUAUGUUGGGCUAGCUGAAUAGUAGUUGAUCUGUUCAAUGGCAUGCCUCCACUAGCUUUCAUUCCUCUGUUUUCUUCUUCUUACUAUCAUUAGUUUUGUCCGUUCCUUUCGUUCUAUGUUUGAGGAACUAAAUCAUGAUUGAGACAAACACAAUUAUUGUUGGAUCCAAGCCAUUGUUUGGCUGGGAAUUUUGCAUGAAAUCUGUAAGAAAUUUGUAAUUUCAUUUGAAUUUUUUUCCAGUUGCCCCGUGAGUUAUUUUU